AUGGCCGCCGUCUCAUCCUCUGUCAAUAAUCCCCAGGGCCAAGGAAUUCGACAGUCCGCCCGUCAGACACGUACAAACCCGUCCCGAACCUCCAAAACCAUCGGACGGUCAUCUUUCGCGUUCGGUCGAGGCUCGACAGCUGAAAUUCCUUCUACGCCCCCUGUUCCCCACGGCUUCUACCCUGCACUCACGCAUUUCACCGAUGCUAUAACAGCGCUUCCGCGCGAGUUCCGUCGACACAACUCUCUUCUCAAGGAAGUUGAUGCGAAGGCGUGGGCUCUCGAGGAAAAUUUGCUACAGCUACUCCAGUUCUCCUCCCAGUCACAGCCCGUUCCUCAUCCUCCCCACCCGGCGCCUAUCGUUGGGGGUGUGAUUCGGGAGGAUGUUUUGCCCAAGGAGCUAUCUCAGUCAUCGGAAUCAUCUGAGAGCAAAAACCGCCGGCUUCUCUUCGAUCGUGUACGCCAAAGUCUCUCGGAUUUGAUGAUGACUGCCGAUGAGAAGAACCAUGUCAUUUCGAACGCGAAUGAGGAAUUAGAUCGCCAGGUUGUCCGACUGGAUACUGUGUUCCCAUACAUUGCAGGCGAGAUCAGCGAGGAGGCUCGCCUAGGCAGCCUGACACACUGGGCGUACUCCAACAAGAGUACCGCGAAGGCAGCGACUAACGAACGCCCGCGCCGGGAAGCAGUGGCGCAAAGGCAGGAUUUGUCGCACGUGCUUCAAGAGGCCGAAGCCGCGAGUCGCAGCGAGGCACGGCGCGACGCUGUUCUGGCCCGGAAACAACGUCGGGCGCAGGCCGAUGCGGACUACGAAGAUACCCGCAGCUCGGGCACCCGCAAGACGAAUAAUGCGAAAUCUCGAGGUGGAGAUCACGCGGCUGACCCGAGCGCUGCACCCAAGCGUCGGAAGGUGGAACGACCACCACCGGUAGACACUAGUGUUCCAAUGGAGCGCUCUGCCAGCGGCGCUGUGAGCCAAAGAGCUGCGAAUAAGGACCCAGCAGAGAAGAAGCGUUCCCGCGCUCCCAAUCAGGCUGCUACUGCACGCAAAAAGGCCAACGCUUCCAAUGCUGCAUCGCCCGUUCUGGCCCCAUCACCUUUGGUUGGAACAUUCAGUGGACCGCGGGGUGCCGCAAGUCCAGGACCCAACACAGCAAGGCCACAAUCUUCACGAGCCCAACAGAAUUCUGGACCUACAGGAAAUUCGCGCGCACGGCCAUCAUCGUCGGCUUCGAAUCUUCCCAACAACAACAAAAUUGCCGAUUCCAGGUCUACACCCCGGGACGGACCCAUCAAAAACGAACUCAUCCACGCAGAAACACACCGUGACUAUGAUGGUGAUGUCAACGGUAGAACAUCCGUUCCAGCGGGAUCCAAGCGCGAGGAUCUGGAUAGAAAAGCCGGUUCCGCCGAGGUCGAAAUGACCAAGGGACGCAAUUCCAAGACAUCGACCCCUAUUCUCCCCGCAUUCACAGAGCCCAGCCAACCACGACCCACGCGAAGUCGAGAUUCGGCAUCUACCAAACGAACCCAGAAGAAGCCCAUCCCGCAGCCUAUAAUACCCUCCGACGACGAGUCGCUUCACGAGGGCGACGACGAAGACGAGGAAGGCGAGCCGCGCUACUGUUACUGUAACGAAAUCAGUUUCGGCGAGAUGGUUGCUUGUGAUAAUGACGCCUGUCCGCGUGAAUGGUUCCAUCUGUCUUGUGUGGGCUUGACGAAACCGCCUGGGAAGAAUGUGAAAUGGUAUUGUAACGAGUGCAAGGAAAAUAUGAGACGGAGUCGCAAUGGGCGGUAG